UUAAUCUCUAGCUUGUUUGUGCCUACAACUCUGUUCUGAAUGGUUGUUUUAUAGCUACAGUUUCUAACCGACCAGCCGUUGAAGAUGAACUCCACUGUAUUGCUAUUAUUGACACUGUUCGUUGUAUUAGGCAAAGUUGUUGGAGACAGAAGACUGACAUUUGUAACUGUGCUUUACCGUCAUGGUGACCGAUCACCUGUCAAAGCCUACCCUACUGAUCGCUACCAGGAGAGCUCUUGGCCUCAGGGCUUUGGACAGCUCUCGCAGGAAGGAAUGAGGCAGCACUUUGAGCUGGGACAGGCGCUGCAGAAACGCUAUCAGGGUUUUCUUAAUGAUACCUAUGACCGACGUGAGAUUUCUGUGAGAAGCACAGACUAUGACCGGACCUUGAUGAGUGCAGAGGCCAACUUGGCUGGAUUGUACCCUCCCAAUGGAUCACAGGUCUUCAACCCAACACUGGAGUGGCAGCCUAUUCCUGUUCACACUGUACCCCAGGCUGAGGAGAGGCUUUUGUCGUUUCCCAUUCCGGGUUGCCCUCGUUAUAAAAUCCUCAUGAAUGAGACGGAACGCUCAGAAAAGUACCUCAACGUGACAUUUCUAUACAAAGACUUAAUAACGAUGAUACAGGAGAGAACUGGUCUGAAGAACACCAACAUUGAGACUGUUUGGAGUGUCUAUGACACCCUUUUCUGUGAGGCAAGGCACAACAUGACCGCUCCUGACUGGGUGACCCCUAACAUCAUGGAUGAUCUGAGGAAGCUCAAGGACUUUGGCUUUGAAAUCAUGUUUGAGGUCUACAAGCAUCAGGAGAAAAGCCGGCUCCAAGGAGGUGUCCUAUUGGGUAGCAUUGUAAAUAACAUCUCAGAGUCUGCACUUCCCGACUCUAAUCGCCGUCUGAAGAUGAUGAUGCUCUCUGCGCAUGACACCACCAUUGUGGCUUUGCAGUCGAGUUUGAGUGUCUUCAAUGGAAAGCAGCCGCCCUAUGCCUCCUGCCACAUAUUUGAACUCUAUCAGGAAGACAACGGAUCAUUCACAGUGGCCAUGUUUUACCGCAAUGACACCAGAAGAGCGCCUUACCAACUGGCUGUACCUAGCUGUGACCUCUUCUGCCCCCUGGAGGACUUUGUGCGCCUCACCAAACCAUCCAUCCCAGAGGAUUGGGACAAGGAGUGCAUGGUGGAGUCUCCUACAAAGGAUACAGAGGUGGUCAUCGGACUAGCAGUUUGUGGCUGUUUGCUCUUCCUCCUUAUCGUCCUCCUGCUCGCUGUGCUUUGUCGGCAACGUGAUCCCUCCAACGGCUACAGUCAGAUUCACAAUGAGAUUGAGUCUUGACAAAUGUACAAACUCCACCAUAGGCAGGAUUCAUGGGAUAGUGAAGAUGUUUGAAUGCCUCAGUUCUGCCCUCUGGUGGGGAUGCAGGAAAAGUGAACACUAGACUGCUUUUAGUGCAACUUUUAUUUUUUUACAUUUUUCCUUCAAAGUGGACUGUGGCCUUUUACCAAAAAUGCACAGAAACUUACUCAAGAGGACAAAGAUUAUCUAGUCCUCUAGUUAACUGUCAUGGUAAGUAUUCCUAAGCUUGUAAAUGACGUCGGCUACUGGAUUCGGACAAUUGCCUUUUUUAAUGUUUUCAAAUACUACUUGUACUCAUUUUACUCACGGGUCCAAGUCACCUGACCAGCGUUCUUACAAAAUGUGGACCACUGGAUGCUUCAUGCUUGUUUGAUUCUUCCCUUGGAGAAUGAUCAUUGUGACACUGAACCUGAGGACUGCUUGUGCUUCAUUCUCUCCAAGGAACAGAUUUUGUACAACACUGUACUGAGCAUUCUUCUAGCAAGUAAUUUUAUAAAGAAUGCUAUUUAUUUCCCCUGGUGGGGACUGUCAUGGUACUUGGAGAAGCCUUCACAUCACGGUACUCUUGGUAAAGGCUUUGCUCUAUAUGUCAGAGGAACCUACUAACAAGCCUGUCAUGCUUUGUGCCUUGGGCUGUUAGAUUCCAUUUAAGGCACAGCAAUUCAUUUAUUUGCUGAAAGUGCUACAUGUAUCUGUCACUGCCCUCGUUCUGCUCUUUUAAAACUGCCUCUGAGGUUGUUUAGUUUAAGCACAAGUGAUUACUUUUUAAUCUGCAUCAAUUUUUUCACCGCCCCCCCCAAAAGUAAAAAAAUAAAUACAUUGUAAUUAUUGCAGUAAUAUACCUUUCUAAGUUAGAGUGCAGAGUUCACAACCUGAGGAGGCUCUCCAUCAUACAAGUCAGUGUAUUUCAAGCAGCUGCCAGCUGUAAUUAGUGCUGAGCGAUUAGUGCUUUUUGAGGUAGUUUUGGUUCUUUUUUUUAAAACCUUAAAUGCAUUGUGGGUUGAAUGCUGUAACACAAAAUAAACAAUUAAUAAAAGU